AUGGCCGGCAUGAAGACGCUGGUCAAGUCACUCUUUCACUUCGCGAUCUACGACGGAGGCCUGCAGAAGCAGUCCGGCGUGCUGCUAAAGUUUUACAGCCUGGACUCAAACAGGGACCUCAAGGGCAGCGCCGCCAUCUUCGGCAAGCCGGCCCCGCGACAUGUGCUUUUCUGUUCCUGGACAUCCGACGGGCGAUGCCUUGCCUCCUGCGACAACGGGUAUCUGUACAUCUUCGAGGGCCAUGCGGCCACGAGCAGCCAGCGCAUCAGCACCAGUGCCCUGGGCUUCUGCGUGGAGCUUCCGGACCAGCGCCUCCUUGCGGGCUCGCGGGACUCGGUGCUCCACUUUCUGCCGGCCAGCGGCUCGGGAAAUGCCCGCGCCCGGCCCCUGCGCGACCUGGGUGCCGCGCUGCUCUGCAGCGCAGGCCCGGUGCCCUUCGCCUCCGCCAGUGCCGGGCCGGCAGUCUUGGCAGGCUCCACGAACCACCACCUGCUCCUGAUCGAUGCAGCUGAAGAGAGGCUCAAGCAGGUCUUGCAGGUGGGCAGUGCUGGUGAGGUGCACGCGCUGGCCGUCCAUCCCUCCCCAGAGUUGCAGCUCUUCGUGACGGGGUCCUCGGAUGCUACCGUGCGCUUCUGGGAUUCACGCGACCACUCGCCCGUGGUUGGGCGAGUCCUCGACUACUCCCGAGACCAAUACUGGUGGCCAGAGGGCCAGGUCCCCAAAGAUGGGAAGGGGAUCUAUGCUCUGGCCUUGUCGUCCUCGGGGAAGCUCUUGGCCCUGGGUCACGGCGAGGGUACUCUCAGGCUCCUCUCCUUUCCCGAGCUUCAAGCGCCAGCAGUGGCCUGCGCGUCGAAGCAGCGCGAGCGCAUCUCCGCCCUGAUCUUCGUGGACGACAGCCUCCUGAUUGCCGGCUGUUGGGAUCAGCUCAUCUACAUCUUUGAUACGUCUGGCCUCAAGUGCCUCCGAGUGCUGAAAGGCAACUGCAGCUCCGUCACACAGAUGCAAAUCAGCGCGGACAGCUCCUAUGUCAUGAGCAAUGCCAAGGAUGGGCAGGUCCUGUUCUUCGAUGUGCGGACGGGCGAGCGCGUGGCCGCCCCUGCGGUUCGCGAGCAAAGCUGGAGGCGCUGGUGCUGCCCCGCAGGCUGGGCGACGACGGGUAUCUGGUCCGCCAACCGCAACUUUGGCAUCGUGGAUGUCAAGUGCUGCACGAACCUCCGGGCGAACGAAGGUCACCAGCUGCUGGCCAGUGGCGACACCAGCCACGGCGUCCAGCUCUUCGGGUUUCCAGCGCUGGAAGGGCAAGGACAUCAUGUCUUCGAUGGCCAUGCCGGCUUUGUCACAGCCAUGGCGCCGAUCCCCGGGUCUGGGGAGCUCGCAGAGGACAAGCUGAUCACCGCGGGCGGGGACGACCAUGCACUGCU